CGUGCGGACGCGGUUUGCGGGUUUUGCCCUUGGGCGGCUCCUGAAGGGGACCGGCGGGGCGAACAGAAGCUCCUGCCAUGGGCCGGAGCCCAGCGUCUGCCCAGCGGGGCGUGCGGAGUGUUACGGGGUGAGAUUUAAGGCCUAAUAAACCAUGCAGAAGCUUGUGAAGAAAGAGCGUGAGAGGAGGAAAAAACCGCCGAGAAUAGAAUCGCUAAACACAACUCAGUGCAAGAGUACAAGAGCCGGGUCUGUAGGCAGAGCUCAACAGGGGAGGUGGUUUAAAGCAACUGCAGCAGAACUUGCUGUCUGAAGGUGAGAAGAGUCAUGCUCCAGCCACAAAGCAGCUAUGAAAUAAUAACUGAUAUUAAUUAAAACAAUUGUAUAGGCGUUCAGACUGUUGACUCCAGAGAGAAGCAUCCUGUGAAUGUUGUCUUCUAACCUGCAGCCUGGGAGCAGAUGAAGCAAGAAGCUACAUAGAGUGCUGUGGAAGAGUCCUUGGAAUGCCAGAGGUGCUGCACAGGACCUGUGUAUCGGGGCCGGUGCUGAGCUAGAGGGAUGCUCUAAGGUAUCUUACCGAAGCUCUUCAGUCUGUCAAUGAAGUAGAACUUGACGAUGUAAUUGAAAAUGUCAUUGAUGCCGUUGAAAAACAGCCUUUGUCAUCUAAUAUGAUUGAACAAUCCACAGUGGAAGCAGCUGUCCAAGAAUGUAGCCAGGCAUCUGAUGAAACUAUAGAAAAUGUUUUCAACAUUAUUGGAGCCUUUGAUAUUCCACGUUACAUUUAUAAUUCAGAAAGAAAGAAGUUUCUACCUCUGUCAAUGACCAACUUCCCUGUACCGAAUUUAUUUGGAACUGCCAGAGAUAAAGCUGAGUUGUUUCGUGAACGCUACUCCAUCUUACAACAGAGGACUCACAGACAUGAAUUGUUUACUCCUUCAGCAGUUGUUGCUCAUCCUGAUGACAGUAAGAGCAAAUUCCAGCUUAAAACAAUAGAAACUCUGUUGGGCAAUACAGCUAAAGUGAGAGAAGUGAUUGUGCUUGGGAUGAUAACUCAGCUUAAGGAGGGGAAAUUUUUCCUAGAAGACCCUACAGGAGUGGUCCAGCUAGACCUUAGCAAAGCCCAGUUCCACAGUGGUUUAUAUACUGAAUCAUGCUUUGUUUUGGCAGAAGGUUGGUAUGAAGAUGAAGUUUUUCAUGUGAAUGCUUUUGGAUUUCCGCCUACUGAGCCUUCUGCUACCACUAGAGCCUUCUACGGGAAUGUAAACUUCUUUGGAGGGCCUUCUUCAGCUUCAGUGAAGGCUUCUGCAAAACUGAAGCAGCUGGAGGAUGAAAAUGAAGAUGCAAUGUUUGUAUUUCUUUCUGAUGUAUGGCUGGACCAAGCAGAAGUACUGGAAAAGCUUCACACAAUGUUUUCGGGUUAUUCCUCUGCACCUCCAACCUGCUUUUUCUUUUGUGGAAAUUUUUCAUCUGCACCAUAUGGAAAAAAUCAGAUUCAGUCACUGAAAGGUUCUUUGAAGGCUCUUGCAGAUAUUAUAUGUGAAUAUCCCAGCAUUCAUAAAAGUAGUCGAUUUGUGUUUGUUCCUGGCCCUGAAGACCCUGGUCCUGGUUCUAUUUUACCAAGACCUCCUCUGGCUGAAAAUAUUACUCAGGAGUUCAGGCAGCUGGUGCCAUUUUCAGUUUUCACCACAAAUCCUUGCAGGAUUCAAUAUUGCACCCAAGAAAUAAUUAUCUUUCGUGAAGAUUUGGUGAACAAAAUGUGCAGAAACUGUGUCCGCUUCCCCGCCAGCAACAUGGACAUUCCCAAUCAUUUUGUAAAGACUAUAUUAUCACAAGGACAUCUGACGCCCCUUCCGCUGUACGUUAGCCCCGUGUACUGGGCCUACGACUACGCCCUGAGGGUCUACCCUGUGCCUGAUAUGCUCAUCAUUGCAGAUAAAUACGACCCAUUCACUGUCACCAACACUGACUGUCUUUGCAUAAAUCCUGGUUCAUUUCCAAGAAGUGGAUUUUCGUUCAAGGUAUUCUACCCCUCCAACAAGACAGUUGAAGACAGCAAGCUUCAGGGUCUCUGAAUUUCUGUGAGACUGCAAAAAGGGAGCAAGACUCCAUAAAGCCACCUGUAGCACUCAUUGGAGAUGGAUUGAUUUUUAUGAUGUAUUACAGACUGUUUAUAAUAAAUGUCAAAGCCAAAAAGGUCUAUUUUGUACACAAAUAAACUUUUACA